AUGAAGAUCUCAACUCUUUGUAUCAUUUCACUCGGCCUGUCGCUCGCCGUCUUUGGUGACGCCGCACGCGCCAAGCAACACGAACACCACAAUAAGCAAGUCGACCAGCAUCACCACCACGCUCCAAAGGACCACAGCCACAACGACAAGCAAGCCAACCAGCACCAUCAUCACCGUAACCAGCAGGCGGAUGACUCCCACCACAAGAAGCAAGAGGACCAUUCCAACAACAAGAAACAGCAAGCUGAUCAUUCGCAACAUGUGAAGCAGCAGCACCAUAAAAAUGUUGACCAUUCUCAUCAAAUGAAUGCUGAUGCUAUCCCCUCGAAGCCCUAUAAGGGCGGUCAUCAAGAGCAAAAGGACAACAAGGAGAAGCAAGAGAACCUUGACAAGCACCCCAAAGAGCACAAGGUGCCCAGUGACACUGUUGCAUCGCCUCCCGCUCCCGCUAACCAGCAGCCACAGCAACCCACCUUCGCACCCCCACCCACGUCAGAGAGAAAAGAAAAGAUGGUUGUCGCCUACUGGACAGACUGGACCUCGGCCGCGAUGUCCCCAGAGGCGAUCCCCUUUGACAAGGUGACCCAUGUCAACUACGCCUUCUCGGUCGUCGGAUCUGACUAUCGCCCUGUCUUCGAGACCGAUUACCUGCUGAACCGUGUGGUCAGAUCUGCUCACUUGAAGGGCGUCAAGGUUCUGAUAUCGAUUGGUGGGUGGACUGGGUCCCAGUAUUUCAGUCCCUUGUCUGCAAGUCCUCGAGGUCGGCAGACGUUUGUGAAUGGCGCUAUUGACUUUGUGAAGAAUUAUAACCUGGAUGGUAUUGAUAUUGACUGGGAGUACCCGGGUCGCAUGGGAAGCGCCUGUAACAUCUACGACACAAACAACGACGCCAAGAACUUUUUGAUAUUGUUGCAGGAACUCCGAGCUGCGAUGAACCAGCUUCCCAACGGCGACCGUCUCGAGAUCUCAUUGGCGACUCGUUUGUUGCCAUUUGAUGGCCCCAAUGGCAUGAUGAAAGACGUGAGCGAGUUUGCCAAGGUGGUCAACCACAUCAAUGUCAUGGCGUACGACAUUAACGGAUCCUGGGGCUCUGUCACGGGUGCGAAUGCGCCGCUGGGCGGAGAGGGCCAGUUGACGUAUGCCAAUGGAGCACAGGCAUGGAUCGAUGCGGGAUUCCCCGCGUCCCAGAUCAACAUGGGUGUGCCCUUCUACGGUCGGUCGUUGACGACAAAGAGCGAUAUGACGACGUCUCAGUCGAUGGAGGCGCCGUUUAUCAAGCCGGUCCCCGUGGGUGACAACAAUGAUGCGAUGUGGACGGAUCCCUGUGAGAAGGAGGCAUCGUACUCGGGUGUGUGGAAGUACAAGAACCUGAGGGAGCAAGGGGUGGUGGAUCAGUAUGGAAAUGCGCGUGCACCCUGGAUCCGCAAGUUUGACAAGGAGUCACAGACGCCGUGGUUGUUCAACCCGUUGACGAAGCAGUUUAUUAGCUAUGACGAUAAGGAAAGUUUGAGGCUGAAGGUUGACUAUGCGAAGCAGAAGCAGUUGGGAGGAGUGAUGUUGUGGGCGAUCAACCAGGAUACGGCAGACUUUGAGCUCUUGGAUGUCCUCCAGGAGAUCCGCCGGUGA